AUGUCUUACGCAUCUCAUAUCAUCCACCACUCGAAAAAGUUAAGGAAUGCUCCCAACUUACUAAGGCAAGAGCAGGCCCUCUUGGUUCGUUUUUUUUCUCAUGAUGCUCAACCAUCUAUUGAUAUACGGAAGGCCCAUCGCCACAGUUAUGUGCCUUCAGAAAGAGCAAGAGUUUGUAGGUCUUUCAGCAGUACCACUAAAUCAUUGUCGGGUACAUUUACCAGGGAUGUCUCAACGACAAUGAAACUAGGAAAUUCAAUUUCUGGUUCAAAAUCCAACAAACAGCUUUCAUGUAUGCAGGUGCAAUUGAGGAGAGGCUUUUCAUCCGAUGCAGCCCUUCCUCCACACCAAGAACUUGGAAUGCCUUCUCUUUCACCCACUAUGUCGGAGGGUAAUAUUGCAAGGUGGUUGAAGAAAGAGGGAGAUAAAGUUUCUCCUGGUGAAGUGCUCUGUGAAGUUGAAACUGAUAAAGCUACAGUGGAGAUGGAAAGCAUGGAAGACGGUUAUCUUGCCAAGAUUGUACGAGGAGAUGGGACCCAAGGAAUCAAAGUUGGUGAGGUGAUUGCAAUAACUGUUGAAGAUGAGGAAGAUAUUGCAAAAUUUAAAGAUUACACACCAUCAGCAUCAGGUGCCAGCGCUGCUCCAGCUACAGCGUCACCUGAGCCUACCCCUCCCAAAAAGGAGGUGGUUGUUGAACCAGUUACUUCUCCAGAGCCAAAGCCCAGUGCAGCUGCCCCUUCUGGAGAUCGCAUAUUUGCUAGUCCUCUUGCCAGAAAAUUGGCUGAAGAGCACAAGGUGCCCCUAUCAAGUAUCAAAGGAACAGGUCCUGAUGGAAGCAUUGUGAAGGCUGAUGUUGAAGAGUAUUUGGCUUCCCUUGGGAAGGAAGCUCCCAAAGCUAAGGGCGGGGCACCUGCUGCAUUAGCAUUAGAUUACACCGAUAUCCCUCAUUCUCAGAUACGGAAGAUCACAGCUUCGAGAUUAUUAUUAUCAAAGCAAACAAUUCCUCAUUAUUAUUUGACUGUAGAUACAUGUGUUGACAGACUCAUGGAUUUGAGAGGCCAACUCAAUGCAUUACAAGAAGCAUCAGGUGGGAAGCGGUUAUCUGUUAAUGAUCUCGUAAUUAAGGCUGCUGCUUUGGCUCUUCAAAAGGUUCCUCAAUGCAAUAGUUCAUGGACAGAUGAUCACAUCCGCCAGUUUCACAAUGUGAACAUUAAUGUUGCAGUGCAGACAGAAAAUGGACUCUUUGUGCCUGUCGUUAGGGAUGCAAACAAGAAGGGACUCUCCAGCAUAGCUGAGGAGGUCAGGCAGCUGGCCCAAAAAGCCAGAGAGAACAGCUUAAAGCCAGAAGAUUAUGAGGGAGGCACAUUUACAGUAACGAAUUUGGGAGGUCCAUUUGGCAUCAAGCAAUUUUGUGCCAUCAUUAACCCUCCUCAAUCAGGCAUUCUUGCAGUUGGAUCAGCUGAGAAGAGGGUUGUACCUAGUUCUGGGCCCGAGCAAUACAAGUUUGCUUCCUUCAUGUCUGUAACACUAAGCUGUGAUCAUCGUGUUAUUGAUGGUGCAAUCGGUGCGGAAUGGCUUAAAGCAUUCAAAGGCUACAUUGAGAACCCCGAGUCGAUGUUGCUCUAA